AUGAAUGCUCUGAAUCAACAUCAUAAGAAUCACACGAGACACAACAACGAUAACGAGAACAAUGUUGUUUCUCGAAUAGACAAACUAGGUGAUGAUAUAUUGCUCUUAAUCUUAUCAAAAAUAGACUCAUGGAAACUUUUGGUUCAAUGUCGAAGUGUUUCGAAGCGAUGGAACAACAUUAUCUAUCAACCCAUCUUCCUUGACCUUAUUUCUUUGAAGUUCUUCCCUUUCACCCUUUACGUUGUAAACCGUCAUAAAACCUUCCUGAUAUCCGAGCACCCGUUUUUCCAAUCCCAAAACCCCCCAUUCGACCUCGAUUUUCACCCUUUUUGUGACCAUAAAUACAAGCUCAAUGUAAUUGGUUCAUACUAUGAUCUCUUGAUUUAUUGUAGUCCUACUCAAUAUUUUCGUCUAAAUAAGCAACUAUAUUACUACUUUUGCAACCCAAUUACUAGAAAAUAUGUCCAAAUUGAAAUACCUAUUAACUACAAUAAUGAUGGAGGUAAUCUAAAAGCAAUUGGAUGUACUGGAAAAUUAGAGGGCAUUAGUAGUGUUAAGGGUGAAGGAGGUUUUAAAUUUGUACGCAUCAUAUCAAGAUCUUAUUUUUCCAAUGAUAUUUUGCAAGUGUUUUCUUUUGAGAGUGGUAAAUGGAGCACAUCUCGAAUAACCCUAAAGUUUGAUCUUCGCCUUACUUCUUUUCAUUCCUACAAUUCCGUAACUGUGAACAACAAGCUGCAUUGGCUAUUAUAUGACAGCAUUCUAGUGAUUGAUCCAUAUAGCAACGAUAUUUCAAGGUAUCGCCUGAUCGAGUUGCCAUUCCCACCUUCUUUAUGCACCCUAGGAGUAUGCCAGGAAAGACUUAGGGUGGCGGAAUUUGCAUAUAUUACUGGACCUUCCUUCGUCACAUUGAAUGUAUGGGAACUCGCUGAUUAUAACAAGAGCACUUGGACAAUUGUAUGCAUGAAAGUGAUCACUACGACGAUUGUUCACCCUAUUAUUUAUGGUCCAUUGAAGAAGCGUUUGGAAGUUACAUUUCAUCCCUAUGAUUGUGAUGUUGUAUACUUGGAGACUGAAACCAAAAUUGUUCGAUAUAAUCUCAAAAGUGAUACUUUCAAAAUGGUGUUGGAUGAAUGGGCGGUAAUAUACCCAUUGGUGAAUUCUUUGGUGGUAGCUUAA